CUAUUCUCUCGAUUGAUCAUUUAAUUGAGGUUGGAAUUUUUUUCUUCCAUAAUCUUGUUAAUUAUUUUCGCCUUUCCGAUUAAAUUAAUUUAUUUUUUUUCUGUGAAUUGACUUUGUGCUUAUUGAGAGUAUGGAUCCUGCUCUGUUGAAAGCUCGAGAAGCUUUUAAAAAGAAAGCGUUUGCCACACCAGUGAUCGAAGCUAAAAGGCCUGUGACUUCAAAUCAAGAGAGUGGAAAAGAAUCAAAUAAAAAGCCUCGUAAAUCGGCUCCAGCUCCGGUUGCCGAGAAAACCUUUGACUUCAAGAAAUACAAGCCAUCUUCUAAUGCUAAUUUUGCCUGUUUGGCUAAGAUUGUCAAGUAUAUGAAACAACGAUACCUUGAUGGUGACAAUGAACCUCUUACAUUGGAGGAUAUGUUAGAUGAAACAAAUCAAUUGGAUUUGGCACCAAGACAGAGACAAUGGCUCGCAACUGAAGCUCUCAAAAAUAACCCUAAAGUGGAUAUAACUGAAGAUGGACAGAAAUAUUUCUACAAGCCAACAUUUCCAUUGAAAGAUAAAAAAUCUCUACUCCGGUUAUUAGAUAAAUAUGAUCAAAGAGGACAAGGAGGUAUUCCAUUGGAGGAUAUUCAAGAAUCUCUUCCAAAUGCUGAUAGGUGUAUUAAAGCUCUUGGAGAGGCGAUCAUUAUGUUAACAAGGCCAACGGAUAAGAAGAAAAUUCUCUACUAUAAUGAUAGAUCGAUCCAGUUUAAGGUUGAUGAUGAGUUUCAGAAAUUUUGGAGAACCGCUGCCGUUGAUGGUUUAGAUGAUGCAAAGAUCGAAGAGUAUUUAGAAAAACAUGGAAUCACCUCAAUGAAAGAUGUCGGUGGUAAAAACUCAACUCCAAUGCAGAAAAGGAAAAAACCAACAUCCAAGAAACCAAGGAACUUUAAGAAACACAAUGAACACAUGGGAGAUAUACUUCAAGAUUAUAAUGGUUAAAUUGUCAUCAACAAAGAAAAGGUAGAAUUAGAAAUGAUCAAGUUCAUCGUGAUGAAGGAAACGAUAAAAUUUUCAUCUUCACCCUAAUUGUUAUUUCAUCAUCAUGAUGAACAAGAUGAAAUUACAAUCAUAUUGUGUACAUAUAAACAGCAAAAAACCUCAUUAAAUUUAUUUCUUUUCAA